UACAUAAUUUAUACUUUAUAUACGAUUGUGCAAAGUAGGCGAUACUGCUGCAACUUGAGAUUUUCAUCACGUCCAAACGGGAACGUAUCUCCACCCAUCGCUACCUUGUCAUCAUUAACUUGCGCAAUAUGGUUAGAGUUGGGAGGGAAAAGGAGGCUCUGCAGUUUGAAAUUCCGUAUCGCUGCGUGUGGGUGCAAGACCUUGCGUUUCUUAGGCAGUAACAUGACUUGAGAACCGCGGGAGGAAGUCAAAGCAGAAGCAAUAUUUGGAUAAUCUAUGCCGCAUGUCAAGGAUGUGAGGCAUCUUCCUGCUAAAGAUCACCACAGAAUCUGAAAGAUGGAAAGAACACAACCCGAGCAAUCAAACUUUAUGGGUGUAUAGGCCGUAUGCAGAGUCAGCUUCGGGUUCUACACUGGACCAGAACCUCCCCAUGAGGGGAAUCGCUGAUAGGACCAUGAGAAAGUAUUUAAUCUCUCUUUCCUCAGUGAAAACUUGGAGGGCUGAGAUUUAUUUUUACAUUUGAUUUGUUCAUUCCAUUUUUGGCUGCUUCAUAUUCACACUGUGUUAUGUAAACCCAUCAUAUUAGUACGCCUUGUCCUUAUGAUAGGUCUUUUUUAAUGGUGUGCUUGUUCUCCAUGUGCUUCUGGUCUCUCGCCUGGGAUACAGGCCCUGUUCCACGUGCUCCGAUCCCUCAUGGACACACUGAUGCGUGCCUCAGUCCAGCACAACUUGAGUUUGUUUGUGGUUAAAGUAACACCAACCAGUACUUUUCUGUUACACAAAUAAAUGCUUUUAUUUGCACAAACACAUUGGAAUGCUUCACUUCACCUACCCAAUCUUGCUCUUCAUAGCUUGGGGGGGUGGUCAAGGGUCAGGUCACGGUCACAGCACACGGUUAGCCAGUGUGCAGCACCCCUGGAGCUGGGGGUUAAGGGCCUUGCUCAAGGGCCCACAGAAAUUUGACUGUUCUACCAAGGCUGGGACUCAAACCAGCGAUCUUCUGAUCAUGGGCAUAGGGACUUAGCCCACUGAGCCACUCGCCACCCGUAAUGUUGAGUUGCAGUGACACCUAGGUGACUCUGAACAACGAGCAUGGCUAAGAAUUGGGGCAAUCUGCACCAAAGCACUCUGGCAUCCGCUCGCUCGCCUGGAUUGACAGCUCUGCAGUGAGGCGUGGAAGGGGGCCCCGUUGGGCUGGUGGGGGAGCAGUCGAGUCAUUAAUUAAGAUGAUGAAAAUGUGCCGGCUUGAAUUACGGUAACACCAAGCUCACCAUUCCUACCUGGAGGUUUAGCCAGACCUGGCGGAACACUGAAUUCCCUGUGUGAUGGAACGUCAGCCGGUCGCCAUGGUGACAGCGCCAUCUGCUCAUUUUGAACAUUGAUCCGUCCCGCCGGGGGCUCCGGCAGCCAUUAGUGGGCCUCAUAAAAGGGUCACGAUCAAGAGUAAGGAGACGUCUAACAAAUGGCAUCCGACAGGAGGCUGGGCGACGGCACAGGGCUCACGUUUAGGCCAUGUUGUGUUGCCAUGGUGACUGGUCACCAGCCCCAUGCCCGAAAACAUCUUGGUCAUUGAAACCCAGCUGGUCCUGAUUAGAAUGAGUAGCUUGUUAAGGAUAAACUGGGUCAGCCGGCUGGAUUGAGUGGGAGCAGGCGGCAAUCGGAUACCUCCUGACCUCCGUCAUCCUCCGCUGGUCAUGCUUUGGUGAUCUGGUGGUCCAUCUCGUCCAACGUUGCAUGGUGCAUUAUUGCAUUCCUAUCAUUCCAUCUAAAUGAGGUGCAGUAGUGUUCUCCUGCAGCGGAGUCAUCUUAUACCCCUGUGAUUAGUUGGGGAGGAGGGGGUCAAUUAUCUGCCAGCCGUCACAUUAAAAAUGAACCGCAAGAGUUUGGCAAAAGCAGAUACGUAAUUAAUACCACGCAGGUUUUUUUUGUGUGUGUGGUGAGAUGCCGGACAGCCCUGGGUCGUUACGGAUGGGGCCCCCGCUGACCAUGUGCCGGUCGGAUUGGGGGUCCUCGGCAUUCUUCUGUAACGGAUACCCUCUUAUCAGAAAUAUCGCUCGUCUCCGGUGUCCCAGCUCCGUCUCCGCAGGAGAAAUUCACCCUCGGCUGCGUCUGUGCCGUCACCAGAGGCGCGGGCUGGCACAUGGGGAAGUGUAUUUCUCAUGAAAUUUUCACAAGCGUCAGGAAUAGCAGUUGCGUUCCUGGUUUUUGGCCACGCCCCCUUUCCACACGCCGGUAUAAAUAGUGUUGCCCCGCGCUAGUGCAGGAAGGUGUUGGGGAUAAUCAGACGAUAGAGGGUGGGGGCAACACAGUCACGGUACAUCACAGCACAACCUCUUCCUGAGGGUGGGGCGAUGAGCCGCUGGAGGCGCCUGAGCCCCACAGCCGCCCGCCUCUUCCUGCGCUGCCUACACCUGCGCCCGUGUUCCGCGUGGGGGGGCCGCGGGGGGCGCAUGACCGGCCGCCUGAAGGAGCUCUGGAGUUAUGGCCGGCUCCUCCUCAAGUCGCUCUGCUUCAACGCCCUCUGCAACUUCGACGUGUUCCUGGACUCCAUCUUCGAGCCUGUCUACUGGCUGGUGGACCACCUGACCCGGUGGUUUGGGGUGGUGUUUGUCUGCCUGGUCAUCCUGCUCACCAGCUCGGUCCUGGUCAUCGUCUACUACUUUGUCCUGCCACUGAUCAUCAGCACCUAUCCGGCGCACUGGGUGACAUGGCACCUCUGCUACGGCCACUGGAACCUGCUGAUGAUCGUCUUCCACUACUAUAAGGCCAUCAGGACGUCCCCGGGGCACCCUCUGCAGAUGAAGACUGACAUACCAUCAGUGUCCAUUUGUAAGAAGUGUAUAUUCCCCAAACCGGCCAGAACUCACCACUGUAGCAUCUGCAACCGGUGUGUGCUGAAGAUGGAUCACCACUGCCCCUGGCUGAAUAACUGUGUGGGACACCUCAACCACCGCUACUUCUUCUCCUUUUGCCUCUUCAUGACCAUGGGCUGCAUCUACUGCAGCGUGAGCUGCUGGGACAUGUUCGUCGGGGCCUACAACGCCGUGGAGAGCUACUAUCAGACCCCUGAGCCUUUGUUCACCUUUACGGAGAAGCUGUUUCACAAGUGUAUGAUCUACUUAUGGGUGCUUACCAGCUCGGUGGCAGUAGCCCUGACAGGGCUGACGCUGUGGCAUGCGGCUCUCAUUACCCGGGGAGAGACGAGCGUGGAGAGGCACAUCAACCGCAAGGAGGCUCGACGGCUGCGGGACAGCGGCAAGGUCUUCCGGAACCCGUACAACUACGGAAAGGUGGAGAACUGGAGAAUAUUCUUUGGUGUGAAGAAAAGAAGCCAUUGGCUGACUCAUGUCCUCCUGCCCUCUGACCACGCCCCCUUUGGGGAGGGGCUAACAUGGGACCGCUCUGUAUACAGAAGAGAUCCAACUGCUAUAUAACCACACGUGUCUUCUGGUGCUGGCCUGGAGACAGACAUUUGGCCUGUGAAGGUUACCGAUUCCCUGGGACUGGGGAUGGAGGACCUGAAAGAGGACAGGACAGUCCAGCACAGCCCAGCCCAGCCCACCUAAGCAGUGCAUCCCAGCAGGCUGCCCUGUUGCCCCUUCUGUACACGACGGGCCCAUUUGUGUGUGUGUGUGUGUGUGUUUGAAUGUGAAACGUCCUGGUGUUGUCGUGCCAUAAACUAAAAGGGCUGAUGGGCUUUUCCCAGAAAGACGUCGGCAAAUGCGAUUGGUCAGUCGGGCAGGAAGUGGAGGUGGGAUGAGGUAAUGACUGUGUCACCACGGCAACCUGAGGAUGGCAUGGAAGCAAUACAAAGAGCCCAGACUGAACUCCAUGCAGCGGUAACCAAAAGGAGCGGAGCUCCACUGCAGACUGUGCAAAUUUGUACCUGUGAAAUGGAUUGGUUUUUUUUUUUUUUUUUUGCUUAAAUGUUUUUAAUAAAUGUUUGUCAUAGUA